AGUCAAUGUUAUCACUGCUUUGUUGGUAGAGUCUAAAAUCAUCAAGAAUAAGAACGUUUUGUUGAAGUUGCUUAGAUCAUCAAUAUUUUAAUCAUCACUUAUUCUAAUUUAUAUUUAAUUUUUUCAAUUUAAUUAUUUAAAUCAUUCACAUUGAUUGACGAACCAUUGUUGGAUUUAAAUUAUUUAACCCGAGCAAGUUUUAGGGCGCGUGGCCACAGCCCAUAACCUUGAGUACAAUUCACUAGGUUCACAAUUUUUUUUCUCACUAUUUUUGUAAUUAUUGGUAAGUGAUUGAGUCUUCUUCUUAUUCAAAAUGGGUUCUGAACAAAAUUUGGCUCAAGCAAUGAUUGAAUUAAAUACGGGUCACAUACCAAAUAUGACAAUACAUGAGCGUCGUGAUUAUUUGAUGAAAGCUAUUCGUGAUAUCAGAAAUGAAAUUGAAUUAUUCAGAAAAGAAAAUGAUAUUCUUGGUGGUUUCAAGGGCAAAGCUGAACUUGUAAACGCUAAAGUUGAAGAAGUAAGUGAAAUAAAUAUUCAACAACUGUUCAAAGAAAUUGGUAAACAGAUUGACACCAAAGACGUUUCCAUCCAAACUGAACCAAUUGCAACACGAUCAACUUCAUUAUUUCAUAAAGCUGACAAAUACAAAGACAGAAUUCAAAUCGCCUACAACUUGAGUAGUAAGGAGAAACUAUUGAUGAAGAGAUUGAGUGAUAUCAAGUUGGCAACCAACCAUAAAGGUCCUAACUAUUUGUUGGUUAAAAAAAGUGAAUAUCAUGAUCUUAUUGCAAAAAUUGAAAAGAUCGCUACCGAUGGACUGAAUUUCGCCAGAGCAAUGGAAAUGGAUUCUCAAAUUAAUCUAGAUAAAGUACACAAUCUUCACCAUGAACAUCCACAUGACCAUCUAAGCAUUUCAAACGAUACCGCAAUCAUCUUCAACAAUAAUCAUGUUACAUUAUCAAACGUUGAGACUCAAUCACAAUCAAAUCAAGAAACUGUAUUACCGACAUCGACUAUAGUUGGACCUUCAAGUGUCUCUAACAGUGGAGGCAUAUAUGAAGAAAGUGAUGACGAAGGUGUCCAACUCCUGCUCUCCAUGAAAAGAAACGUUUUCAGUUGUAAAUGUGGUGAAUAUCUCAACUCUAUUACUGACUGGAGUGAGCAUCAGAAAAUUUGUUCGCGUUCUGUAGAGAAAACUAUCGGAGAACAAUGUCAACUUUGUAAAAAGACAUUUUUAACCUGCGUUGCUCUCAACAUUCAUAGCACAAAGAAACAUAAUAAGAAGAAAAUGCGAACUGAUUCGAUUAUGCAUUGUCCAUGUGGUCAAAGUUUUACAGCGAAAUGGAGGCAGAACUGUGUCCAUAAAUUAAAUAGUCAUGGACGUCACUGCAAAGCCUUCAAGGCCAGAGAGAUUCAAUGUGCUAUUUGUAAAAAGGGGUUCAUCGAAAGGAAAAGCCUCGAAUAUCAUGGACUCAAAGCUCAUAAAUUGGCGGUCCCAGUCAAUAGUUAAUUAUCUACAUUUAAAAAAGUAGAUGAAUGUAAGGGGCGAGUAAGUUGCAUGUGUGCUUGUGUGAUGGUAUGUAAAUGUUAUAACUUAAACACUACACCAAGAAUGUGAAAACUAUCCAAUUCAAUAUAUACUUGGAAAAUAGUUCAAUUAAUUUGAUUUUAACGCAGUUAAGCUAAGCACUCAACUAAUUUACCUAAAUAAGCGCCAGGCAAACCACAAAAAAAUUAUUGACGCAAGCUGUAUUCAAUUGUAAAAUAUUAUUUGAGCUGCAACCUGAAUUAAAUCAUUAAAUCACUUGCCUCAUAUCGAUAGAGUAACAUUUUUUUAAUCUGAAUAUGUUAAAAUUUUUGUAGGUACUCAUGUUCAUCCAAUCAAGUACUCUUAAUAAUAAUGUACUCUAAAACCAUAUUGAUUUAUAACAAAUGAAGAACGCCAAGUGAUGGAAACUUUUCUCAUUGCAAAAUGUUGAAUCAUGAAUGUAUUAACGCCUCCUAUCAAUCUUUAUGGUUUUACUUUAAACAUUGAUUUUACAAUAAAAUGAGGAUAAAUGUAAUUAAAA